GUUCCCAGCGCCGAUAUGAAGCGGCCGAAGUUAAAGAAAGCAAGUAAACGCAUGACCUGCCAUAAGCGGUAUAAAAUCCAAAAAAAGGUUCGAGAGCACCAUCGAAAAUUGAGGAAGGAGGCUAAGAAAUGGGGUCGCAAGAAACCUAGGAAAGAUCCAGGAGUUCCAAACAGUGCUCCCUUUAAGGAGGAUCUUCUUCGGGAAGCUGAACUAAGGAAACAGCGGCUUGAAGAACUAAAACAGCAGCAGAAACUUGACAGGCAGAAGGAACAGGAAAAGAAAAGAAAACUUGAAAUUAACCCUGGUGUUGAGCCAUCUAACAUGGAACCUGUAAAGGAGGAAUCUGGGCAAUGCAAAACCAAACUGGGCAAACAGAAUCCAAAGAAGUUAUAUUGUCAAGAACUUAAAAAGGUGAUUGAAGCCUCAGAUGUUGUGCUGGAAGUGUUGGAUGCCAGAGAUCCUCUUGGUUGCAGGUGUCCCCAGGUGGAAGAGGCCAUUGUGCAGGGUGGACAGAAAAAGCUGGUACUUGUAUUAAAUAAAUCAGAUUUGGUACCAAAGGAAAAUUUAGAGAACUGGCUAAAUUAUUUGAAGAAGGAAUUGCCGACAGUUGUAUUCAGAGCUUCAACAAAUCUGAAGGACAAAAGGAAGAUAAUCAAGAUGAGGAGGAAAACUCCAUUGAAAAGUGAAGUCUGCAUUGGGAAAGAAGGCCUUUGGAAACUUCUUGGAGGUUUUCAAGAGACUUACGGCAAAGCUAUUCAGGUUGGAGUAAUUGGUUUCCCAAAUGUGGGGAAAAGCAGCAUCAUCAAUAGCUUAAAACAAGAACAGAUAUGUAAUGUCGGUGUAUCCAUGGGGCUUACAAGGAACAUGCAGGUUGUCCCCCUGAGCAAACACAUCACAAUCAUAGAUAGUCCAAGUUUCAUUGUGUCUCCACUCAACUCUCCCACUGCACUUGCUCUGAGAAGUCCAGCAAGUAUUGAAGUUCUAAAACCAGUGGAGGCUGCCAGUGCCAUCCUGUCCCAGGCUGACACUCGACAGGUAAUACUGAAAUUCACUGUUCCAGACUUUAAGAACUCUUUAGAAUUUUUUACUUUGCUUGCUCAGAGAAGAGGACUGCACCAAAAAGGUGGAAGCCCAAAUGUAGACGGUGCUGCCAAACUGCUGUGGUCUGAGUGGACAGGUGGCUCUUUAGGCUACUAUUGCCAUCCCCCUACAUUCUGGACUCUUUCUCCACAUUUUAAUGAAAACACUGUGACAGACAUGAAAUGGGGCUUUAAUCUGGAAGAACUGGAAAAGAACAAUGCACACAGCAUACAAACCAUCAGGGGCCCUCGUUUAGCCUGUAGCAUCCUUUUCCAGUCCUCGGGUCUGACGAAUGGAAUAAUAGAGGAAAGGGACAUACCUGAAUUGCCAAAACAGAAAGAGAACAAGCAGGAAGAAGGGGAGGACUAUGAAGACAUUGACAGUGACCAGGAUAGUGUUGAUGAAGAUGAUGGUGAAAAGAGCUUAGACAUGUCCUCUGCAAACGAGACCUGUGACGCAUUGCUUGAUGAGUCUCAAGCAGAUGAACAGUGUGCACAAUCUUAUGUCUUGGAUGGAAUGUCUAAAGAGGAAGAUGAUGCUUACGACUUCAGUACAGACUAUAACUCAUCACGGAAUUGAGAAUAUCCAAUUGCC